UCCAGGAAAUCCAAUCCGAAAUCAACAUGCCUGAACCACCCAAAGCACCGAAGAAGGGCUCCAAGAAAGCCGUCUCUAAGGCCACCAAGAGCGGCAAGAAGAGGAGAAGGACCAGGAAGGAGAGCUACGCCAUCUACGUGUACAAUACACCAGCUCCAAGUAAACUGCUGUUUACUCAACAACAACAACGGUCCUUUUCAGGACCACCCACUGCUUCUACUGAGAGCUCUGAUCCUGCUGUUCUAAUCACUCACAUCAGAAACACUUAAUAUUGUAGACUUAUCUCGUAUGAAUGAGAAUAACUUUAUUAGGAAACUAAUGAUUUCCUUAAUGUCUGUAUGUCACUAACAACUAGAUAACUCUACAAAGUUACAGAUCCAUAAUAUCCCAAUGAUUAACAUCCUCACAUAUACUGCAGUGUGUGUGUGUGUAAUGAUACUGAUUGUUAUAAAUAUGUGGCGUUUAUUAGUGUUUGUUCACAUAUUAAACUUGUAUUGUAAUGUAUCUUAUUAAACCAACCUUCCAGUACAUAAUAUACAAACAUACACCACUAUCACAUUUGUGUAUUAGACAUCUUAUAUUAAUGUUUUGUAUGUUAGUAACUGCAUC